GUUAUAAACACUUUAAAAUUAAUAAUAUUUUAAUGCUUUCAUCCAAACCAAUAUCAUUAAAUGUAAACAAAUACGUUUACCGAGCUUACAACAUUUAACUGAAAAAUUAUCCCUACUGCAUUUAAUUAACACAUUAACACUUGUUGUAUAGACAUUUUUAAAAAUUUGGACUGAUGUCUUCUAAUAAUAAAAGUGGAAUUCCCUCUAAUGAAGAAAUUAUAGAAGAACUCACUAAAGAUUUGGAGAGUUCAGCCAUUAAAACUGAUAUUUCUGGCGAUGAUGCAUCUCAUCACAGUGAAUCAGAUUCAGAGUUUGAUACUAAUGUAAACGAAGAAAAUGAAGUUAAAGAUGAAGAUUAUAUUGAUGACACACUAUUACAAGCAAGAGAUGAUAAACUACCAGAAGAAAAAAAACGGGAAUUAUUGCAAGAAGCUAUUAGUUUAAAAAAUGAAGGUAACGUCAAGUUUAAGAAUCAAGAACACGAAGAAGCUUCUAAAAUAUACACGGAUGCAUUGCGUACUUGUCCAUUAAUUUUCCCGAAUUACAGAGCUAUAUUUUUUGCAAAUCGAGCAGCAGCCAAAUCUAACAUUAAUAUAGAAAGUGCUAUUCAAGAUUGUACUCGUGCUAUUGAGUUAGAUCCUGAUUAUUUAAAAGCAUAUAUUAGACGUUCUAAAUUGUUUGAACGCAAUGACAAGCUUGAUGAAGCAUUAGAUGAUCUAAAAAAAGUCCUUGAUAUUGAUCGAAAUAAUGCUGAAGUAGCAUACAAUGCUAGAGUAUUACAAGAAAAAAUAAACGAGCGUAAUGAAAAACUAAAAACUGAAAUGAUGGCUAAACUUAAAGAUUUGGGCAAUAUGGUACUAAAGCCAUUUGGUUUAUCUACCCAAAACUUCCAAGUUAACCAAGAUCCAAAUACUGGUGGAUACUCAAUUAAUUUUAAACAAUGAUUCAAUUAAACAUUUUGUCACGACUUAUCAACUCUCUUUAGCUUGUAUAUAUAAAUGUAAUUAUAAGUUUAAAAUAAAUAAAAACUAUUUGGUGAUAAAAACAUA